AUGCGGACACAGCCGCUGCCAGCAGGAGCAGCAGCUGCUGCAGCUGCGGGCGCAGCCAAAGCGCCCAGCAGCAGCAGCAGCAGCAGCAGCAGCAGCAGCAGCAGCAACAGCAGCAGCAGCAGCAGCAGCAACGCGGAGGAAACCGCUGCAGAAGGGGGUGCAUCAGCUGCAGAAGCAGAAGCCGAGGCAGCAGCAGCAGCAGCAGCAGCAGAAGCAGCAACAGCAGCAGCAGAAGCUUUGCUGCCGCCUUUGCGUCUAGAGUAUUGCUUCGCCCCGUUUUGCCUGGAGCUGUGUUUGCUGCCGCUUGCUGCAGCACACCGCGUGCUGCUGCCGUGCCUGCUGCUGCUGCUGCUGCAGCUGCCGCUGCGGCUGCGGGAGGUCUGCCAGCUGCUGCUGCAGUCCCGCCGCAGCAGCAGCUGCUGCUUGGGAGAACUGCCGCAAAGUCUUGAAAGCUGGCUGCCCCACAUUGGAGCUGUUGCAGUUUGCUGCUGCUUGGGGGCCCUUGUGGGGUUUGGGCGUUCCGUGCUGCUGCUGCUGCAGCAAAUGCAGCUGCUGCACUUGGAGCAGCUGCGGCUGCUGCUGCUGCGCGAGCCGCUGCUGCCGCUGCUCUCCCCAGCUGUUCUCGUGGCAGUUCUCGGCGCAGCUCUUUCGCUGCUGCUGCUGCUGCUGCAGUCCUUCGGAGACAGAAGCCAGGAUGACAGCGUACGCAGCAGCAGCAGCAGCAGCAGCAGGAAGAGGCGUAGCAGCAGCAGCAGCAGCAGCAGCAGCAGCAGUGUGCUGUGGGUGAUUUUGCUGCUUUGUCUGCAGCUGCAGGCAGUUCACGAAAUCGCUGAGAGAGAAGUCAGUGCCUUCGAAUUCAAUUUCGACAUCCUCCAGACCCAGGGGCCGCUGCUGCCUCGCGUUGUUGCUGCUCCGCCUGCGGAGCGGCGGCAGCCGUGGCUGCUGCGGCUGCUGUCGAGGUGUUUGUCGCCGCUGCAGCAGCUGCAGCAGCAGCAGCAGCUGCUGCAGCAGCUGCCCGCGCAGCAGCAGCCCAAGUGGCAGCUCUGGGAGCUGCUGCAGCAGCUGCUGCUGCCGCCGCUGCUGCCCAUUGAAGGGGGGCUUUCGGACUUGCCGCUGCUGCAGGGAGGUGUAGAGACACUCGACGCUUCUGUCUUGAAAGACAUGGCGAUGGAACAGUACAUUGACGAAGUGCUGAAGCGCGAAGGCCCCAGGGGUUUGAUGCUGGCGGGGGCUGUGGCGCCUCCCACGGAGAACUUGCCCAAAACCCUAGACAAGCGGGUUUUGUUGAAUUGGGGCUGGCGUUCUCGGUUUGCCCCGCUUCAAGGGUUUGGGGUUUCGGGGGCGGGCUGCGGCGACGGCGACGGCUUUGACGCUUCGAGUCCUGAAAGCUGUGCUUUGCAUGCAGUGGCAUCAUGUGCUGAGGGUUUAGGGUUUAGGGUGAUUCACCGGUUUCUGGGGGAGUGGGCCUUCGACCGCAGCCGCAGCAGCAGCAUGUCCCCCAUUACUGAGCAGCUGGGGGUUCCGUGGUUUAUAAGAAGUGCUGUGGAAACCCUAAACCCUAAAAUUAAAUAUUCUCUCGAAGACAAACACGGAGUUCCCGAGUUCGCCAUCACCACCACCCUCACUGCCGGCGUCUCCAAGGCACGAGGGUUUAGGACGGUGCGGCUGAACCUGGGCGGCGCUGCAGUGGAGGCUGAAGACGAAGACGUGGGGGCCUGGAGCAGCAGCAGCAAACUGGAAGGAAAUCUUUUGAAGACAAUUCAAAGAAAUGCAGCACAAAAAGCCACUCUUUUCGAGACUCGCGAGAUCAAACCCGACGGACACGUAAUCAUCAGCAGCAGCAGCAGCAGCAGCAGCAGCAGCAGCAGCAGCAGCAGCAGCAGCAGCAGCAGCAGCAGCAGCGGCGGCGGCGGCGGGGGGAGCAGCGGCAGCAGCGCGCGCGCAGGGGCGCUUCUGCUGCAGCCUGGGGCUCAGCAGACUCAAGGCAUGGAGACUGACGCGCUGUGGUACCGCGUGACUUUGCGCAAAGAAGGUCUUCCUGGAGAAGUCUCUGCUGUCCGCGUCUUCAAAAGAAUUUCCGGGCCCCCCCCGGGACUCUGCGAUGGAGGCCCUGAAGCAGCAGCAGACUCGGAAGGUUCUGCCUCUACAGCUCCCUCGCCCGCGAAGCCGCUAGAAGGGGAGGAGGCGCAGCAGCAGCAGCAGCAGCAGCAGCAGCAGCAGCAGCAAGAGCAGCAGCAAACGGAGAAGCAACAGCAGCAACAAGAGCAGCAGCAAGAUCAGCAGCAGCAGCAGCAGCAGCAGCAGCAGCAGGAAGAGGAGCAGAAGCCGGAGCAGCCGCUGCCGGCCUGGCACAGAUUCAAAUCCCGGGGCAAGGCAAUAGGGGCGGAGGUGCAGUGGAUCGUGGACCACCUGGAGGACAGCAGCUGCUUCCAGAAGACAGGAGGCCGGGGCUUUGAAACUUUCAAAAGUGAUCGCUACAGAUUCAAAGUUGCUGCUGCGCAGCAAGUUGCUGCAGCAGAGCAGCCGCCGCUGCUGGGCGUGGGGCGCAUCAACUUGGGCGCGGUGCCGCUGCAGCGCUGCAUCGACUUCCUCUCCACCCCCGAAAACAAGAUGAAAUUCGACUCUUCUUCCAACAAAGUCUUCACAAUUGCAAACGACGGAGACUUUUCCCUCGUCUACCAAUCCUUCAAAGGCCAGUGGGGCUUUUCGGGAAGAGAUUUUGUCAUUGCCUGUUGGAGCGUAAAAGUGAGCGAAGACAGGACGAUUUUGUGCUGCGAGUCUGUGGACUGGAAAGAGCCAAUAGAAGGCCAAGUCCCCGACUUAGUCCGCGGCGUGCUGCAGCUGGCGGGCUAUGACCUGCAGCGGCAGCAAAACGGAGAUGUGCUGCUGAGCUUUUGCGUCCAGGCUGACUUGAAGACAGCUGGUGUGCCGGAGUGGAUAAACAGCAGAGUGAAGGCGGAGCAGCUGACAGUGGUGCGGCUCGUGUCUGGGGUCCCUCCGGAGUCAGCGCGACUUCAGCUUUCUGCACAGCAGCAGAACUUGUCUCCUCUCGUGCUGCAGCACAGCAGCAAAUCUUGUCUGCCCUUUUGCUGCUGCGCAGCAGCAGGUCUUUUCACAGAAGUUCUGGAGAGCAGUCCUUUAAGUGCUGAGCCCCUGGAGCUGAACAUUAACAGAGUCUCUCUCAACGUUUCUGCGCAGACCCUGGACGAGGUUAGCCGCGGGCUGCAGGUGCAGCUAAUAGAACCUGCUGCUUCUUCAAAAGAAGCUGCUGCAGUUUUGGCAGCAAAAACUUUAAGUUUAAUUCCCCUUAUUCAUGAGCAGCAAAAGAUAGCAGCAAAAGUGCUGCUGUGUCCCGCAGCAGCAGCAGCAAACCCGCCAGCAGCAGCGGACCAGGCCGUUGCUGACGCAAAGCAGCAGCAGCAGCGGCAGCAGCAGCAGCAGCAGCAGCAGCAGCAGCGGCACCGGCAGGAACAAGCGGCUGCUGCGGCGAAAGGGACACCCAAAGACCAGCCCAGCUCCCCAACUGCAGCGGGAGCAGCAGCAGCAGCAGCAGCAUCUGCUGCUGCUGCUGCUGCUGCUGCUGCUGCAAGCCAGGCAGCAGCAAAAAUUGAAGUAGAAAUCACAGUGGAGGCCUCGGCGUUGCUGGGGGCCCCAGAAGACAGCCAAGACUGGAACGUGUUCACUGUGUCGGCUGAGGGCGCGCAUUCCUUGCCAGAGCUUGUCCGCAACUUUUCGGCUGAUAGCGAAUCUCACCCAUUUACGUACUCUCUGCUGCUGCUGGAUGGCUGCCUCGACGGCGGCCACCUCCACCUGCCUGAGAGGCCCCCCCAGAGGCCCCAUGAUGAAAAACCCUCAGGGGCCCACCAGGGGGGCCCCCCGGGAAGGUCUAGGGGAAGGGGGGCCCACGGGGGCCCCCCGGGGGGCCCCCCGGGGGCCCCCAGCACUCCCAAGGGGGCCCCGGGGGCCCCCGCAGCAGCUGGGGGCCCCCCUGGGGGGCCCCCCGGGGGGGCCCCCACUGCCCCUGGGGGCCCCCCUGGGGGCCCCCCUGGGGGCCCCCAAGGGGGGCCCCCCGGGGGCCCCGGGGGGCCCCCCGCAGGCAGCGAAGCUGAAGAUGGGGCUGCUGCAGCGGCACAGAAACCCUCGAUUGCGUGGAAGGGCCGCGAAAGCGAGGACUCGAAUGUUUCGCUGCCCGCGUGGAGGCAGCUAGCAGCAAAAGCUUGGGUCCCUCUCGAAGCUUUUAGAAAAGGGCAGCAGCAACAGCAGCAACAGGAGCAGCAGCAGCAACAGCAGCAGCAGCAGCAGCAGCAGCAAGACCCUUUCGAGGCAUCAGGAGCAGUUCUCACACUCUCUGUGUCCAUAUAUCGCCCCCUCAGGCCGCUCUUUCCCGAAAUGCCAUCGGCGCUUCGCCUGCUCUCAGCAGAAGCGGAAGCAGCAGCUAGCAGCCAUGCUGCUGCUGUUUCUUCUGUUGCUGCAAGGAGUCUGGCUUUGGUUGCAGACUCGGUGUGGCAGCUGCUGCCUGCUGCAGCAGCAGGCGACCCCGCAGCAGCAGCAGCAGCAGCAGCAGAAGUGGGGCUGGAGCAGCUGGCGCUCCAGGUGUACAGCCACCUCAAGACACAAGGCCACCUCGCAGAAGUUGAGCAGCAGCUGCAGCAGCUGCUGCGGCAGGCAGUGCGGGACAGGGUGCGGGCAGACGCGCUGCUUGCUGCUGCAGUCCGCAGCAGCAGCAGCAGCAGCAGCAGCAGCAGCUCCGGGACCGCCAAGCUGCAGCAGCAGCAGCAAAGAAGCAUUGUCCUCGCUGAGUGCUAUGCUGCUCUCUCGGAAGCGCUCGACACCGAGAUCGCAACGAGUGUCAAAUCAGCAGCAGCAAAGGCCGAAUAUGCUCGCCUUUUCCUUGCCCCAGAUGAGCCUAGCGAAGCAGAAGCUGCAGCAGCAGCAGCGUCUGCAGCAGCAACAGCAGCAGCAACAACAGCAGCACUAGCAGCAAAAUUCCAAGGCAAACCCCUGGAGAACUCUUCCCCCUGCGCACCGACCCAAGAAAUAUCUAGAGCAGCAGCAGCAGCAGCAGAAGCAGCAUCGAGAGCGCCACCCGCUGAAGCAGCAGCAGCAGCAGCAGCAGCAGCAGCAGCAGCAGCAGCAGCAGCAGAGAGUUGCAAAGAAGAGUCUGAAUAUGAGCGUCUGCGUCGCCUUUGCUUCGAGUCCGAAGUAAUUGGAGACUAUGACGCAGCCAUUAGUUACCACAAGCAGCUGCUGCUGCUGCAGCCAGCAGCAGCAGCAGCAGCAGCAGCAGCAGCAGCAGCAACUGGGGAUCCGCAGCUGCACGUGGAGUUUGCCUCGCUGCUGCUGCGCGCCAAUCAAGCCAACAAAGAAGCAGCAGAAAUUGCUUUGCUGCAGGCUGUCAGCAAAUUCGGGGGGCUGCAGCAGACCCCUAUCGAGACCCUCUUAAUGCUAGGCUGUCUCCUCCUUGACUGCAACAAACCGAGUGACGCCCAGGGCAUCUUUUCAGUAGCAGUGAAUAGGCAGCUGCUGCUGCUGCAGCAGCAGCAGCAGCAGCAGCAGCAGCAGCAGCAGCAGCAGCAGCAGCAGACGGCAGAGCUCGCCCAGCAGCAGCCCGAGGCCGCGCCCGCUCGCGCUUCCUCGACAUCAGACUCUACUGCUGCUGUUGCUGGCAGCAACCACCAGCAGCAGCAGCAGCAGGAGCAGCAGCAGCAGCAGCAGCAGCAGCAGCAGCAGCAGCAGCCAGACCCCCCCUUGUCUUUGUGCUUCUUUUGUCUUUCUCUCUCUUACUUGCUCGGAGGAGACAUGAGCCGUUUCGAAGCAGCAUUUGCCCUCGCGCUGCAGCCUGCUGCUUUCUACCUGCAGCAGCAGCAGCAGCAGCAGCAGCUGCUGCAGCAGCUGCAGCUGCUGCAGCUGAAGCAGGCAGAGCCAACGCCGGCAGACAAUAAAGCCGCCACCCAGCAGCAGCAGCAGCAGCAGCAGCAGCAGCAGCUACAGCAGCAAAGACUGUGGACUGAGUGGACGCAGCAAGAGAUCAACCAGCAGUUUCCGAGCCUGCCAGAGGCCUGGCUGCUGCAGCUCGAAGAAGGGCCUGGAGGUUUGCUGCUGCUGCUGCUGCUGCUGCUGUGCAAGUGGGGUUUGGGGGAACUCGUGCUGCGGCUGCUGCGGGAGCCUUCUUUGCUGCCUGCUGCUGCCAGCAGCAGCAAACUGCUGCUGCUCUGCGAAGCCCAGGCCCUCAUGCUCUGCAAGG